AUGGCGGCCAACAACUACGAGAAGGACCAAGUCGCCAUCCAGGGCGACACGACUCCUCCACAUGACCACGGCAUCGGGAACAUUGUCGAGACCAAGGGUGCCGCGCUGGGAGAGGCAGCCGGUAUUUACGGUGAUAUUGAGACUGCCGAGCGGUACGGCUAUGUCGAGCGAAAUCUCAAGUCUCGUCACAUCCAAUUCAUCGCACUCGGCGGUGGAACAUACACUGACUUCAUACCUGUAGGUACCAUCGGUACUGGUCUCUUCCUCGGUAUCGGGACUGCGUUUGCCAACGCUGGUCCGGUGUCAGUCCUCCUCGGUUACACCAUUACUGGCAUUGCUGUUCUCGCCAUGAUGCAAUGUCUCGGCGAGAUGGGUACAUGGCUGCCGCUGCCUGGUUCUAUCCCACAAUACUGCGCUCGUUACGCCGAUCCUGCUCUUGGAUUCGCCGCUGGAUGGAACAACUGGUACCAGUACUCGAUUACUCUUUGCGCUGAGAUUUCUGCCGCUGCCCUCCUCAUCAACUACUGGGACCAGGAACAGAAAUACAACCCCGCCAUUUGGAUCACACUCAUAAUUCUUCUCAUCCUUGGCUUGAACAUCUUCGCGGUCGGAAUCUACGGUGAGGCAGAGUUCAUUUUUGCCUCCAUCAAGAUCAUCACCAUGGUCGGCCUCUUAAUUCUUGGACUCAUCAUCAUGCUGGGUGGUGCACCAGACCAUGACAGGCGAGGUUUUCGCUACUGGAAGGAAGGCGCGAUGAAAGAAUACGUUGGCACAGGCAACACGGGUCGCUUCACUGGCCUUUGGUCCACUCUGGUCAACGCCGCAUUCUCGUACGGUGGUGUAGAAAUGGUCUGCGUUGCGGCUGGCGAAGCUGCUAACCCAAGGAAGAAUAUUCCCAAGGCUGUUCGACGUGUCGUCUGGCGCAUUCUCUUCUUCUACAUCCUCGGCUCCUUCUUCAUCGGCGUGAUCAUUUCUAGCAACGACCCUCAACUCACCAACUCGGAGGCACAGGGCGCACAAAAGUCCCCAUGGGUCAUCGCGAUGAAGAGUGCCUCGAUCCCGGUCCUCCCUCACAUCAUCAAUGCCGUUAUCUUGACCUCCGCUACAUCCGCGGGCAACGCCUUCUUGUACACCGGAUCUCGUUACCUCUUCGGUAUUGCGCAGAAUGGCCACGCUCCCAAGUUCUUGCUCAAGUGCUCCAAGGCCGGUGUACCGUAUUAUUGUGUGGGCAUCACCUGCUCCGUCUCUUUGCUCACGUACUUGAGUGUCAGCACUGGUGCCAACAAGGUUUUCCUGUGGUUCCAGAACCUGACUACAAUUGCCCAGUUGUUUACCUGGUCCUCAAUCUGCUUCACCUACAUCCGCUUUCGCAAGGCUCUUGCGGCGCAGGGUGUCGACCGCAGCACUUUGCUCUUCUCCGCCCCGUUUCAGCCAUACGCCACCUGGUUCGCUUUUACGUACUUUGUCUUGAUCAUUGUCUUCAACGGUUUCAAGGUCUUCACCACCACUCCGUGGGGUUCUGACGAAUUGACGGCUUUCUUUACUGCUUAUGUUGGUAUUGCGAUCUUUGGGCUCUUAUUCGCCUUCUGGAAGAUUUUCAAGCGAACAAAGAUGGUCGACCCUGCGCAUGCCGACAUUUGGAGUGGAAAGGCUGCCCUUGAUGCAGAGGUUUGGCCGGAACAGAUACCUCGGAACAUGCUCGAGAGGUUUUGGUUUUGGUUGUGCUAG